AUGUCGAGCAGCAGACCCGAACUUAAAUUCAGCGAUGCCGGCGACGAAAGGCUGUUUUAUCGCCGUGCGGCUUCGCUAAAACCCGUUCCUGGAACCGUUCGUCUUGUUGAUCACAGAGACUACUUUCUGGCCUGGGAUGAGGACGCGGUUCUUAUAGCAGACGCCAUCUACAAGACCCAGCUGGUGGUCAAAACGCAGCAGAAGACGCGGUACGUGACCAUCCUGACGGCUGUGUUUGCUCAGGUGGUGCGUUUUUGUGUUGAUAGCGGACGCAAGGUGGAGGUUUACUCGAAACAGUUUGAUUUGAUCACCACGGCGUCUCCAGGUAAUUUGGAGGGAGUGGCGAGGGAAUAUGGCGUGGAGGUCGAGAACCGUGACGGUCUGGCGCCCGUGGUGGCUUCGGUCCGCGUUGGCAAGCGUGUGGGUGUUUGUUUGGCGGAUUUGCUGAACAGAACCCUCAGGGUGCUGGAAUUUGACGAUACGGAGUUGUACUCCAACUUGGAGGCAAUGUUCUUGCAGGUGAGCGCCAGGGAGGUGCUCGUGCCGCUGGGAUACGUAGACGAUGCCAGUAUGGCGAAGUUGCUCCAGGUGUUGGCCAAGAUGGGCUUGGUGGUGCUGCCGGUAAAGCAGUCCACGUACUCGAAGGACGUCGAGCAGGAUUUGGAGAAGAUCGUGCUGGACGAAAACGUCGACAACAACAUCGAGAUGAUCUUCGCCUCCAAGGGCAUCAAUUCUGCCGAAUACAGCUUGUCCUUGGGCUGCUGCAACUCGCUCAUCCAGUACCUCAACCUCCUUGGCGACGACCAGGCUCCUUUCUCCAUCGACAAGUACAACCUCCACUCGUACAUGAAGCUCGACUCCUCGACAAUGCGGGCUCUCAACAUCUUUCCUGCUGCGCUGGCGCUUCCAGGGCCCAAGGCGACGGUGGCCUCGAUCUUUGACCUUUUGAACCGGUGCAAGACCGCUGCCGGUACCCGUUUGCUCUCACAAUGGCUCAAGCAGCCACUCACAAACAUGAGAGGCAUCUCUGACCGUCACUCCUUGGUCGGCCAUUUCAUGGACGACACCUCCUUCCGUGUGUUCGUUCUGGAAUGGCUUUCCCAGGUGCCUGAUAUCAAACGUCUUCUCAAGAAGAUCGGCAAUGGCGUCAAGAAGACCACAGGUGCGGAGAACAAGAAAUUGGAAGAUGUUGUCAGACUCUACCAGCUUGUGACCGUUUUGCCAGAGCUUGUGAAUUCCGUGCAAUCGUCUACUGACGGAGCUGAGGGCCUUAAAGACCUUUUGACUGCCGAGUGGCUCGAACCGCUCAACAAACACUAUACUGCGUUGGUAAAAUUCCAAGAGCUUGUGGAAACUACCAUUGACCUCACUCCGCUUGAAUCUGGCCACGACCUUCUACACACCGACUUCAACAUAAAGCCCGAGUUUGACGAGCUGCUUGUGGCUAUUAACGACAAUCUUCAAGCUACGAGCCGCAAGAUCAAGCAAAUCCACCAAGAGGUGGCUGACGACCUUAAUAUUGACAUUGAGAAGAAACUCAAGCUUGAAAAGCACCAGCAGCAUGGCUGGUGUUUCCGUGUCACGCGUAUCGAUUCUGCCAUCUUAAGAAACACCGGAGACCGCUACAUCGAGCUUCAGACAGUCAAGGCAGGUGUAUUCUUCACCACCAAGAACCUCCGCAGGUUGUCAGAACAAUAUAAUGAGUACCUGGACGAAUACAACUCUAAGCAGAAAGAGCUCAUCAAGGAGAUUUUGCUGAUCACUUUGACGUACCAGACGGUUUUCAUGCGUCUAUCACUUGUGCUCAGCCAUAUCGAUGUGCUUUGCUCUUUCGCUAACGUCGCCAUCUUUGCACCUACCGCCUUCACCAAGCCCAAGCUUCACCCCAUGGCUGGUUCAGCUGACUCUGAGGAAUUCAAAUCAAGAAAGAUCUCCUUGAGAGAAGCAAGACAUCCAGUUUUGGAAGUACAGGAGGAUGUUAAUUUCAUUCAUAACGACGUUAUCAUGGCAAGUGAUGACAAGCCAUUUGUGAUUAUCACUGGUCCUAAUAUGGGUGGUAAAUCUACAUAUAUCCGUCAAGUGGGUGUCAUUGCACUUAUGAGUCAGGUUGGUUCAUAUGUGCCAGCGUCUGAGGAUGGUUCAUCGCCGGAAGUGCCAAUCUUCGAUGCUAUCUUGUCCAGGGUUGGUGCUGGUGACUCUCAGCUAAAGGGAUUAUCCACCUUUAUGAUUGAAAUGUUGGAGACGUCGUCAAUUCUCGCUACUGCCACCCACAACUCGCUCAUCAUCAUCGACGAAUUGGGCCGUGGUACCAGUACGUACGAUGGUUUCGGACUUGCAUGGUCAAUCUCCGAGCACCUUAUCAGUGAGAAGCGCUGCUUCACGCUUUUCGCUACGCAUUUCCAUGAACUCACAAAGUUGGCAGAGAAACACGAGGGAAAGGUUCAGAACCUACAUGUGGUGGCCCAUAUCGAGAAGGGCGAGGUUGAGGAUGAUAUCACGUUGAUGUACAAGGUCGAGCCCGGUAUCUCAGACAAGUCGUUCGGUAUCCACGUUGCCGAGCUCGUGAAGUUCCCCACAAAGAUCAUCAACAUGGCCAAGAGAAAGGCUUCUGAGCUCCAAAACUUGAACCCUGGUUCCGACGCAGACCCUUAUGUGAGCAGCAAACGCACCAAGUGCUCGAACGAAGAAAUCAGCGUCGGCGUGGAGAAGCUCAAGAAGAUCUUGGUGGCCUGGAAGGAUCAAUGCAUUGAUCCAGAGACAAAGAAGUGCAAAGUGCCAUCAGACGAGGCCGUGGCUUCAUACAAGAGGUGCUAG